CGGAAUUAGAAGAUCAAUUAAUCGUACAAAUAUAUAGAGAGUUUUGAUAACACAAGACACAAAUGAUCGACAUGGAAAGAAGAAGAUUAAUUGAUCACUUCGAGGCCGUUCUGCUCCUGUGCUGCGCUUUCCUAAUUUCUAGCGCGGCCGGUGCAUUCCGCGGCCAUGUUUCCGAUGACACGGGGUUACGCCGUGGCCUCACAGAAACAGGUCGACAAAUUUUUGAUGUCACGAAAUAUGGUGCUGUGGCUAACAAUGAGCGUAAGGACAAUGUACAGGCAUUUAUGAAGACUUGGGUAGCGGCAUGCAGAAACUCAAACGCGCCAGCAAAGAUUGUGAUUCCUACAGGAGCAUUUUUGGUGGGACCUGUUGUGUUCCAAGGGCCAUGUAAAAGCUCGGAGCCAAUAGUUAUUGAGGUUCAGGGUACUGUGAAGGCCACGACCGACGUCAGUGACUACUCUUCCCCGGAAUGGUUCUCCUUUGAAUUCGUCAAUGGAUUGGUUCUCACCGGCAAAGGAACUUUCGACGGCCAAGGGCCGAAGGUUUGGCAUUACAAUGACUGCAAGACAAACCCCAACUGCCAACAUCUCGCAUCCUCACUGAGGUUUAGUAAUGUGAACAACGCAUAUGUUGAGGGGAUCACAUCCUUGAACAGCAAAUGGUUCCACUUUUUCAUUUAUGAGAGCAAAAACAUUACUCUCAAUAAUGUUAAGAUAACCGCUCCAGCUGAAAGCCCAAACACCGACGGCAUUCAUAUAAGCGCUUCGACUUCUGUCAAUGUUACUAAUACCGCCAUUGCAACCGGUGAUGACUGCAUUGGCAUAGUUCAAGACUGCCACAAUAUCUACAUCACUAACGUCACUUGUGGUCCAGGACAUGGCAUUAGUGUUGGUAGCCUUGGAAAAUGGUCUUACGACAAGGGUGUCAGCAACAUCGUUGUAAGAAACUGCACAUUAGUUAACACAACGAAUGGUGCCAGAAUCAAGACUUGGGGUGGGACAACUUCAGGUGAAGCGACUGGCAUCAUCUAUGAAAAUAUUAUAAUGAAGAAUGUGAAAAACCCCAUCAUCAUUGAUCAGAACUACGGUCGCAAAAACCAACCAUCAAAGUGGAAGAUCAAGGACGUUCAUUUCAGGAACAUAAAAGGCACAUCAGCUUCAAAAGUGUCAAUCUCUUUAGGGUGCAGUUCAUUGUUCCCUUGCGAGGUGGUUGAGAUGUCAAACAUCAACUUGUCCUAUGGAGGCACCAAAUUCGCUACCACAGCAACUGAUUCUGUAUGUGCAAACGCUAAAGUCGCAAAUUCGGGCUCAAACCCAGUACCUUGCAGCAGCAAGGGCCCAACAGUUCCUUCGGCCCAGUCUACUUUUGAAUAGAGGCCCAAAAAAGGCUAAAGGGCACUAGCUUGGAAUUACCACACGUGACUUGACAAAUCAAAUUAUAGAAUAUUACACUUUUUGCCAUGUCAGAAUAUUGGUGUGAUGACAUGUCAAAUAGCAAAAAAUUGUCACGCUAUUAUGCCCAAAUAGAUCCCUUUUGACUCUGUUAAAUCAAGUGUUUGU